UUAUGGCUCCCACCCCCUUUAUUACAAUAUUUCACAAAUACCUCUCUCUCUCUCUCCUUCCUUUUCUUUAUUGAACACACACUCAAUCCUCUCCCAUGAUUCUGUCUCUAGAUCAACACUGUUAACUGUUAAGCCCCAGUUCCCUUAAAAGAUUUAAAUAAACUCAAAUUCCCCCAUCUCCCCAUUUGUUGACUUAAUCAUAAUUUAAAGCUCUCUAAUGAUUCUUAUGAUGCAAAACUAGAAAAAAAAAAAAAGACCCAGAAAGGAAAAGAAAAGUUUUGAUGAAGAUUUGAUCUUGUUCUCCUUCUCUUUUCCCCAUGAAUUUUCAAGACAUUUACUUUGGACUUUCAACUUUUUCUUUCCUUCCUUGCUUUAUUUCCUGUUGUGUGUGUGUCUCUCUCUCCCUCUCUCUCUAUCUGUUUUCUUCUCUCUUUAACCACUGUACACUACACGUGGGGUUCCUUUCUUUUGCCUCCUUCAGGACAUUUAAGCCAUUAAACUCGUGAAAGUUUGAUUUUUUAGGAGUGGUUUUAUCAAAAACACAACACAAGAAAAUUUUACACCAGAGCAUGUCUUGUGUAGCUUCUUCUCUCUCUAUUUCAUAUUGUCAGCGUAUCCAUGUAAUGUGUCUGUGGUGAAUUAGCCUUCAAAAAGCUUUCCUUUCUUUGAUUUUGUCGUGUAUGUUUUUUUUUUUUACUAAUUAAUAAAAGGAUAAACUUUUCUAAUGAUUACUUGCUAGAUAUAGAUGUUUGAGCUCUUUCCUGUUUUAGAAUUAUGGAAUCUGGGAGUAGGUUUUACUCAGCUGAUGAGUUCAAAUUGGAUGCUAAAUGGUUGAUUGAUCCAAAGCAUCUCUUUGUUGGUCCAAGAAUUGGAGAAGGAGCUCAUGCCAAAGUGUAUGAGGGAAAGUAUAGAAACCAGACUGUUGCAAUUAAAAUACUUCAUAAAGGAGAAACUCCUGAGGAGAUAACCAAGAGAGAAGGACGGUUUGCAAGAGAGGUUGCGAUGCUGUCUAGAGUUCAGCAUAAAAACCUAGUGAAGUUUAUUGGUGCCUGCAAGGAGCCUGUAAUGGUUAUAGUUACUGAGCUUCUGUUGGGGGGAACCCUACGAAAGUAUUUGCUGAACAUGCGGCCUAGGUGCUUAGACAUGCGAAUUGCUAUUGGUUUUGCACUUGAUAUUGCUCGUGCUAUGGAGUGCUUGCAUUCUCAUGGGAUCAUCCACCGUGAUCUGAAGCCUGAAAACUUGCUUUUGACAGCAGACCAUAAAACGGUUAAACUAGCAGAUUUUGGCUUAGCUAGAGAGGAGUCACUGACAGAGAUGAUGACUGCUGAAACAGGAACAUACCGCUGGAUGGCUCCAGAGUUGUACAGUACUGUCACAUUAAGGCAGGGAGAAAAGAAGCAUUACAACCAUAAAGUAGAUGCCUACAGCUUCGCGAUUGUGCUGUGGGAGCUUUUGCACAACAAACUGCCAUUUGAAGGCAUGUCAAAUCUUCAGGCAGCAUAUGCAGCUGCUUUUAAGAAUGUGAGGCCUAGUGCUGAAAACCUGCCAGAGGAAUUGGCCAUCAUUCUAACAUCAUGUUGGAAGGAAGACCCAAAUACUCGUCCUAAUUUCAGUCAAAUAAUCCAGAUGCUCCUAAAUUAUCUUUCUAGUAUUUGUCCUCCUGAACCAGCCAUUCCUCCUCGGAUUUUUGCUUCAGAGAACGCCAUAUUGCCACCAGAAUCUCCAGGUACAAGCUCAUUGAUGGGAGUGCGUGAUGACUCUGGGGAAAACCCCAAAGCAAAUAUGGUAAAAAAGCGGAGAAGUUUCUUCUUCUGCUUUGAUCAAUGCUAUUAGUUCCUUAGAGAUAGAAGAAAUGACAGAUACUUUUGUCCUAGUGGGAAUCAAAUCAAAAAGAAGCUGAAGAGGGCUCAGAAAACAAUAGGGCCCUCUUGCCUGACAAGUACACCCUGAUAACAUCAACAAUAUUUUUUUAGAUUAAUAAAUUGCAUUUUUAAGUGAAAGUUCAAUUCAGUUGGAUGAAAUUCCAACAAUAUCUAUCUGAUGUUGCUAUCAUUUUCCUCUUUGA